GAUUCAUACAACACAGCAUAAAUAGAGAGAAGAAACACAGAAUAACCCCCCCACGUCAAAUGCACGUGAGGAAAAUGGUCUGCAGUGGCCCGCUGCGCUCUCUUCCCAAGACCACAAUCAGAUCACGACGAUCACCUGCCCUCCCCCCUCACGAAUAUUCCAUCAAUUAAAACGCCCAAUUCACAAGAUCUCUUCUAGCGUUGUCUCUUCUCUCAGCUUGUUGCUCCCCCACGCUCUCUUCAGCAUUCCUCUCUGAGGUUACACGGCAAUUGGCGGGUGCUAUUGGACAAGCUGGACGUGGGGGCUAGAGUAGUCAGGCGACUUGUGAACGGACGGUACCUGCUUCUGCGAGGAUGAUCGCUGUUUGUUUCUGGUCUCUGUGAUGGAUGGCAGCCUUCACAAUAUGCUCGACAUCUUUGCUUCCAUUUCGUAAAGGUGGCGUUUGUGUAACUCUCCGUUAGAAAACUGCACUGGAGACCCCCACGAUCACUUCAUGUCUCUUGACUCGCGUGAGGUCACCGGUUCGGCCCGGAGUCUCUCGGCCGGAGCUCAGCGGAUGUCUUGUCGUGUCUCUCCCCCGCCUUUUCACCACGCACCCAAGGAUCCGGACCUAACCCCCACGCUUUUCGAACCAUGCCUCUCUCGAACUCAAGAGCCUGAGCCUGAGAAUGGGCUACCUCAUGACAAGGACGCCACUCUUAUACCUAGUCCUUGGUUGGACAUAAAAGAGCAGCUGACGCCAGCCUCUUUUGAACAAUGCCUCUUCAGCAUACUAUCCUUUCUUCGUUUUCCUCUGCUUUGCUUGUAUAAAAAGAAACUGCUUGCUGCGUGUAAUCUGCUUGCACUUAUAUACUUUGCACUUAUAUCAUACCAUAUGCCUUCGACAUUGCUUGAAUCUCCCACCAUGGGCUCUCCCAAGGCUUCUCAGCUGCGCCUCGGCGAUGGCGUAUACGUUCCUACCCUUGCGUUCUUCACUCCCGAGGACGAAGUCGAUACUUCAGCUACUGAGAAACACAUCAUCAAGCUUCUCGAGUCAGGAGUAGCUGGUAUUGUUGUCCACGGCUCCAACGGAGAAUGUGCCCACCUCUCUCCUUCAGAACGAACCACCAUCAUCCGCGUUGCUAGAGAUACCAUCUUCCACGAGGGAAGCGGUACGCAUGUUCCUCUCAUCGCAGGCUGUGGUGCCCAGAGCACAAGGGAGACAACUGAACUGUGUGAAGACGCUGGCAAGGCUGGUGCUACACAUGCUCUUGUUCUACCUCCAAGCUACUACGGUGGACUUCUUCCCGAUGAUCUAGUCAUUCAGCAUUACUACACCGUUGCAGACAAGAGCCCAAUUCCUCUUCUGGUGUACAACUUCCCCGGCGCCGCAGCUGGUCGAGACCUCUCAUCCGACACGAUCCUCAGCAUCGCCAAGCAUCCCAACGUCGUAGGCGUCAAGCUCACAUGCGGCAACACUGGAAAGCUCGCCCGCAUCGCAGCUGAUUGUCCAGAAGGAUUCUGGGUCGGAGGCGGCAGCGCAGACUUCAUCCUUCAAGGCCACGCCGUCGGAGCCAACGGCACCAUCUCAGGCCUUGCCAACCUCUGCCCCAAAGCAUGCGUUCGCAUCACAGAGCUCGCAGAAGAAGGAAACUGGAAAGAAGCCCGUCAGCUGCAAGCCAAAGUGGCCAAGGCUGACUGGACGGCGAUCAAGACUGGAUUCGUUGGCGUAAAGGCAGCACUGGGACACUUUUCCGGGUACGGAGGCGAACCUAGACGACCUUGCGUGGCGCCAUCUCAGAAGGAUCUUGAUACUAUUGCACAGGGGUUCCAAGAGGUAAUGGAUCUUGAAGUUACCCUUUGAAAAAAAGCAUGUUUUUGGGUCUGGGGGACAAAAGCAGGUUGCAUUGAGCGGUGACGACGUUGAUGAUGACGAUACCUGUUAUUUCGAAGCAAAGCACGGAGAUGGUGUUGUGGCGUUAGGCAUACACUACACAGCCAUCAAUCAUACCAGGCUGUUUUGUAGCAAUAAUUUCGAUGUACAUAAAAAUACCAAUUUAAUGCUUGGAGGAUAUACAUCAUAUGCCUGAUUACCCCAUGGAAACUACCAUUCCCCGCAAAGUGGCCAUAUUUUUAAUAAUCCCACGCGUGUGCAGCAGAAGCCGGUGAGGAAAAAGAUGUGUCUCGUGGUCGAUUGUGCGUAGCCAAUGGGGGGUGAAAGUUGGUGAGGAGCACGCUGGACAUUGCCGCUUUGGGGUGAUGAUGCUUACACGAGGUGUCGGAUGUUCAAUGGGGAUAUGCUGGGUGUACGAGCUGGAAGAGAGACGCUUGGAUGGGGAUUGUCAAUCGUGGGGAACCCCGCAGUUGGAUCUGGAUGUGGAGUUGACGCUGUGAAAGAGCAAGUAAGAGAAGCUGAGUUUGUAAUGGUGUUGAUGUCCUCGGAGGGAGCCCGAGUCUGUGCUGUACCUGUACUUCACUACAUGCCUACAUGCAAGUCAAACCAGGUACUUGUACAAGCUUAGAACUACUGAUAUACAUGCAGCACAACUGAACAGGCAGUGAGAACAUGCUCACGCCAAGAAUCACAAGCAAUUCAUUCAUGAGGGGGAACAACACGAACAGGUCAUAAGAUGAACCUAGAAAAUACAUAUGUAGCACAGCCAACACAGGCAAAGAGGAGAAUGUGGAGAUGGCUAACAAAGUGCCCGAUGCGUUCGUGUGGAGAAGCGUGGGGGGUUAAAAGCACUCGGGUGCAGUUCCCGGGCUGAAGCUAAGUUGAGACGGUGAAGAAAGCGUAUGUUGUCGGUAGGUUUCGGGCCAUUGAUGCGCGAGAUCAUGCCAUUGAGUUUAUAUAUGUAAUCGAUGCUUCUAUGGAUUGAGGGUCUAGAAAUCGGCUGCGUCAAAGUUGCGGAUCAAGUCGUAGUAAAACUUGACAAUGUCCACGUGCGACUCAAUCCUGAUCCUCUCGUCGACUGUGUGAAUGUUCUCUGAACCGCGCUGUCGACUCGGUGUCCAGCGGUAAAUGUUUGGUGAUAAGUCUAUAAUCUAUUAGCAUAUUCCCUCGCCUCGUGUAACAAUGCACUUACUCAGGUAAUGUCUCGUGUCGGUGUUACCAGUCAUGAUUUCACCAACAGGUACAACCUUUCCGCCGUCAAAGGCAAAGCUAUGCUGGAUUGUUCCGGAGAAAAUGUCCCAGAUUGGGCCGCUGGUAGGUGAUACGGGUGUCGUGACUGAGUUGCGGAACGCUGUGAGUUUAAGAUGACCAUCGUAGUCAAAUCCAGGUUUGAUGUUUUGAGACUUUGCGUCAUCCUCGUAGGCGCUCAGGGUAAGAUUGUACUUUUGAAUAACGGCGUCAAUGUUCUUUACGAACUGCUCCUGUACCUUGUCAAGACUGUCUUGGGGUGCAACACGGUAGUUGACACCAAAACUGACAACCUCUGGCAUAGCGUUGAUCUUCUGACCGCCUCGAAUAAUAUCGACCGCUUGUGUCGUCUGAAUAGUAAAUUUGGCCAUGGGAUCAAGAUGAAGAAGCUCAUCCUUCAGCUUCUCCAGAUCAUCCUUCUUUAGAAGAUCAUGAAGCUUGGUGUGAGAAUCCGGGGAAUGGCGUGCCAAGCAGACAAGAUGGUUGUAGACAGGGCUUCCCUUGAGGAUAGCAGGUUCGUAGGGCUUGGAUUCAAGAGCAGAGAUGAUCUCGGCCAUGAUACCGAUUCCUGUGUGAGGAUGGGGAAUAGAACUGUGGCCGCCCUUCACGCGAAGUUCAGCCCAGAUAUCAAUGGCGCCCUUCUCCUGCACCGAGGGAAGAACGUAGAGGGUAUCGUCGAUAAGCUGAAUUCCCGAACCGCCCUCGUCCAAGAUGAACGGAAUACCGUUGUCGCCAUAUCUUUCCGUCAGAAACUCUCCAAUCUUAGCAGCACCUCGAGGACCAGAGCACUCCUCAUCGAAUCCAAACGCCAGGAUCACAGUACGCUUUGGUUGCCAUUUCGUCUCAGUGAGCAACGUCUCAAUGGCUGACAUGAGAGCUGUAAGACUGUUCUUGUCAUCCGAUGCUCCACGUCCCCAAAGCCACUCUCCGUCAAAGUAGGCGUCGAAAGGCGGAUGCGUCCAAGUCGAUGGAUCAGGUACGGGAACGACAUCUUGAUGAGCUGCAAGAAGAUAAGGCUUGAGCGAAGCGUCGCUCCCGGUAAACGUGUAAACAAGACCGAACUUAUUGAUCUUCUCCAGCUUUGCAUAUUUAUGUCUGAAACUUGUCAGUAAGAGUCUGUGAAUUGAGUUUGGUGGCUUACAUGGCUGGGUACGUCUUCGCCAGGACAUCAUGUAAAUCAUAGAAAGGCGCCCAACGUUCGUCUUUGUCCACAUCACCUAGAUCAUCGUAACAAAUUGACGGAACGCGCACAAUCGCUUGAUGACGCUUCACUUGCUUAUUAAAAGCAUCUUUUGAGUCAAAUAGUUCACUGGCGGAAGGGAGACCAUCGUUUCCGGGUGAGAGCACAGGCGGCAAAUCGCACUUAAAGUCAUGCUCAUUCUGGCCAAUGGGCUUUUGAGUUCCGAAAGGACCGAGGGUGAAGCCUGAAGCUCCAGCUACAGUCGCCAAGAGCGCGAGAGACUUACGCACCAUUUUUAAGAUAUUUGGUGCAGAAUUGGAGAUGUCGAGGUUUGAGAGGGAGGAUUUGUAAGGUGAAGUGGGCGGGGAAUAAAGACAUAAUGGAGUCGGUAGCACGACAUCGGCGCCGAAGCCGAAGCCGGACCCGGUUGAGAUAACGGUUGCUAAAAGUAUUCCCGAUGAGGAAGUUGGGAUAAAGAACUUUUGAUGGAGGAUUUUUUGGAGGUAAAACUGUGUUGAUCGAUGGGUUCGACGUUAUUCCCGGGAGUAUCUGGGGUUUUCUUUGAUUGCCGCUGUUGUAUGCAGGCUCCUAGUUAGCAAUAGUAGUUAGCUACCUAGUGUAGUAUAGACGGCUCAGUUAGAACGAACCUACUCUAUGUAUAUCGACCAUAUCUCGGAUGGUCUUUGGCCAAUCAAUGACUGAUGCCACCUAGUUUGAAGGCCAAGUUGCGUCGUCGUUGUCGUUGUCGCCCUUGCGAUCCUCGAGUCGCUUUUCCAGCCGUGCCACAAACGCGGCGAACUGGGGGAUCUUGUUCCACUUGUUGCAAAACGCCUUCAAUGCA